CAACUAAAAACCUCACACCUUAACCACCAUCAUUCACAUACCAACAAACACCUUUCUUCCUCCUCUCUCUCUCUAAAUCUCUCCCUCCUCUCUCUCACACAUACACACACAAGCACACAAAACAUACACUCAACCAUCCACUCAUUAUUAUUCUAAUAAUCUUCAUUUCUCAAAAGCUUCUUCACCAACAACAACAACCUUACCUCGUCACACCACCAUUCUCCUAACUCUCUUGUUUGUUCUGUUUCAUGUUUCUUCUUCUUUUGUCUUCAUUUGUCCCUCUUUUGUUCAGCCACUUUUCCCCUAAUACACACUUUUAUUUUUCCUUUUUUAUAAUUUAUAAAUUAUAAUAUUAAAAAAAAAAGGUAGAAGAAAAGUUAACAGUUACAUUACAUUUACAUAUGUAACCCACACACUGUACCAUUAACAAAAAAAGCCACUUUUUUCUCUUAAAUUUCGGUUUUUGUUUCUUUUGAACUUGUUAUAACAAUUGGGUUUUGUGUUAAUUCAUAAAGGGUCAUAUAAAAAUGGUUUCUUUCUAGUUCUAAGAAAUAAAAAAUCUCAUCAUGGAUCUUGAGUCUGUGAUUCACAAAAACCCAAUUAAGGAGGAAUCAUGGAAGCAUGUGUUGGUUUUAGCUUAUCAAAGUUUAGGAGUUGUGUAUGGAGAUUUAAGCACUUCACCACUUUAUGUUUACAAAAGCACUUUUGCUGAAGAUAUUAAACAUUCAGAUACAAAUGAAGAAAUCUUCGGUGUAUUGUCUUUUGUGUUUUGGACAUUAACAUUGAUUCCUCUUCUUAAAUAUGUGUUCAUUGUGUUGAGAGCUGAUGAUAAUGGUGAAGGAGGGACUUUUGCUUUGUACUCUUUGUUAUGUAGACAUGCUCGUGUGAGUUUGAUGCCUAAUACUCAGCUUGCAGAUGAGGAUUUAACACAGUACACAAUGGAUGAAACUAUUGAAAUUAAUAAGAAAAAUGUUGGGUCAAGUUUGAAAUCUUUGUUGGAGAAACAUAGAGUGCUUCAAAAAGUACUUCUUGUUCUUGCUUUGAUUGGAACAUGCAUGGUUAUUGGUGAUGGUGUGCUGACACCAGCAAUUUCUGUUUUUUCUGCUAUUUCAGGUUUAGAGCUUUCCAUGUCUAAAGAACAGCACAAAUAUGUGGAGGUUCCAGUUGCUUGUAUAAUACUGAUAUUUUUAUUCGCCCUGCAACAUUAUGGCACACACCGCGUUGGAUGCCUUUUCGCACCAGUUGUGUUGACCUGGCUAAUAUGCAUCAGUGCUAUCGGUCUUUAUAAUAUAAUCCACUGGAAUCCACAUGUUUAUGAAGCUCUCUCCCCAUACUACAUGUUCAAAUUUCUGAAAAAGACUCAAUGGGGAGGUUGGAUGUCGUUGGGAGGGAUUCUAUUAUGUAUAACAGGCUCGGAAGCUAUGUAUGCUGAUUUAGGACACUUUAAUCAACUGUCUAUUCAGAUUGCUUUCACUUUCUUGGUAUACCCUUCUUUGAUCCUAGCAUAUAUGGGACAAGCUGCAUAUCUUUCCAAGCAUCAUUCCCUUGAAAGUGACUAUAGAAUCGGGUUUUAUGUGUCUGUACCAGUAAAACUUAGAUGGCCUGUUCUUGCAAUAGCCAUACUUCAAGCUGUGGUUGGAAGUCAAGCUAUCAUCACCGGAACAUUCUCAAUAAUCAAACAGUGUUCUUCUUUAGGGUGCUUCCCCAAAGUCAAAAUCGUUCACACAUCAUCGAAAAUACAUGGCCAGAUUUACAUUCCUGAGAUCAACUGGAGUUUGAUGCUUCUUUGCCUGGCUGUUACAAUCGGGUUUCGAGAUACCAAACGAAUGGGAAAUGCAGCAGGUUUGGCUGUCAUAACUGUUAUGCUGGUAACCACAUGCCUGAUGUCUCUGGUUAUAGUCUUAUGUUGGCACAAAAGUGUUUGGCUAGCUAUUUGCUUUAUACUGUUCUUCGGCUCCAUUGAAGCACUCUACUUCUCUGCAUCCCUCAUCAAGUUCCUUGAAGGGGCUUGGGUCCCUGUUGCCCUCUCACUCAUCUUUCUUAUUAUCAUGUAUGUGUGGCACUAUGGCACAAUUAAGAAGUAUGAGUUCGAUGUUCAAAAUAAGGUCCCUAUCAAUUGGCUCCUUGGUUUAGGCCCGACUCUAGGAAUCGUAAGGGUUAAAGGUAUCGGCCUAAUACACACCGAGCUUGUAUCUGGCAUCCCGGCUAUUUUCUCUCAUUUUGUUACCAAUCUUCCUGCUUUUCAUCAAGUUGUAAUCUUCCUCUGCGUCAAAUCUGUCCCGGUACCGCACGUUGCACCUCGAGAAAGAUUCUUAGUUGGUAGAAUCGGUCCAAAGGAAUAUCGCCUUUAUAGGUGUAUAGCACGGUAUGGCUACCGUGACUUUCACAAGGAUGAUAUGGAGUUUGAGAAAGAUCUUAUAUGCAGUAUAGCCGAAUUUAUCCGAUCCGAUACUUCUGAGUACGGACUAGGAUUAGGAAAUUUUGAAGAUGAUACUAAGAUGACAGUUGUUGGAACUUCAUCGUCAAACUUAGAAGGCGUAAGGAUUUCGGAAGACGAUCAAGACAAUAAUGAUCAAGAUAAUAAUUCUCAAAUAGAAGGAACUUCGGAGUUGAAGGAAGUUAAGUCACCGGAAAAAGUGAAGAAGAGAGUGAGGUUUGUUGUGCCGGAUAGUCCGCGGAUGGAUAUGGAAACAAGGGAAGAGUUGCUUGAACUAAUGGAAGCAAAGGAAGCAGGAAUGGCAUUUAUAAUGAGUCACUCAUAUGUGAGAGCAAAAAGAGGAUCAAGUUGGAUGAAAAAAGUUGCUAUUAAUUAUGGUUAUGAUUUCUUAAGAAGAAACUCUAGAGGACCAACUUAUGCUUUAAGUUUACCUCAUGCAUCUACCUUAGAGGUAGGUAUGAUCUAUCAUGUAUGAGUUUUUGGUUAAUCGUAUAUUAGCUAUAUAGUUCUAGUUUUGUAUCUAGUGAUCUAUACAUGAUAAAUGGUAGCAUUUUGUAUAGUGACAGUGACACUAAGUGUCCAAGCUUCUUUUUAUCAGUAAAAUGUUACCCACCUUUUGUUA